CGCGAUCGCAUUCUUUAACCGCCACUCCUUUACAAUAGACUUUUAUAGACCGAUAUUCUCAACAAUAUAACUUCUACCCGCACCCACCUUCACAGCAACAAUGAGCGACUGGGAUUCUGUUACUCGCAUCGGCUCCAAGAACCGUGGUGGCCCCGUCGUUCGCGAGACCGUCAUCAAGGGUAAGAGCGCACUCAACGCUGCCCAGCGACAGGGGCUCGUUGUCGGAACUGAAAAGAAAUUUGCGUCUGGAAAUUCUGCUGGACGAGCCAGCGCCGUUGAAGGCCAACAUCUCACCAAAGUCGACCGCAGCGACGACAUUGUAAAGCCCAAGACUGUUGGGCUGCAAGUAGCAGACGCCAUCAAGAAGCGCCGAACGGACGAGGGCUACAAGAUGACACAGAAGGAGCUCGCCACCAAAUGCAACACCACAGUUACCGUCAUCCAAGACUUCGAGCGGGGUACAGCCGCACCGGACCAGAAGGUGCUUAGCGCCAUGGAGCGCGUGCUGAACAUCAAGUUGAGAGGCUCUGACAUCGGGAAAGAGAAGUUCCCCAAGAAAAAGUAAAUCGACCGGGGGUGAGCCCGCGACUUUUUCUUUAGGGGAGGCGAGGGGCAUCGUUGAUGAUUUCUUUUCUAUGGCCUUCAUGUCCCAGGCUCCUUCUCGGUUGUUAUGUUAUGCCCUCCAUUGAAUGAUAUGACGUUUUCUUUACUCUUGAUCGGUUUGCGUUCAUUCAGAAGCGUCAACCUGGUGUUGAAUUGCCUAAACUCGAAAUACCUUUUUCCCCGGCGGCGAAUAGAUGAAAUAGAAUUACGUCUGGUAACACUGCCUUCAUCUUCUAAUAGAUAGUGAAGUAAUAGUUCUUUUUAUUAGGACACGAAAGCGACCAGAAAUCGAAUAUGAUACCAACUCCGUCUUAUCAUGAUAUAGAUUGAAAAGUAGCUCACCACUUCAAUCACACAGGUCUACCUUUGACCCACCACACGUAGCAGUCUCUUUUCCGUGCUUUUUAGAUAUGCCAUCACUUCAUGACACAUGCAAGAGAUGCAAUGAACAGAAAGGAAAAAAGAAAUUCUACCAUCGUCUCACACAUCACGCAAUUUACCGUCUCAGUUGCUCUCGCUCGACUUCGUACAUAAAAUCAAAGUAGGGCUUGUCAAAGUGGUGAACACGGACAUAACCAUCCUCUCCACCAGAGGCAUAGGCUGUACCAGCGGGGUGAACGUGGAUGGUAUUCAGAGGACCGAAGUGGCCUUUGACACGGCCAAUCUCGUCCUCGAAGACCUUGUGAUAGAAACGAGCCUCGAAUUUACCCUGGCGAGCGGAAGUUGUCGUGACAUCCAUGGCGGCCUGACCACCACCGAGGAUCACAUAUUCCUUCUUAGGAGUGAUAGCGGCGCUGUUCAGCGGUGUGUCGGCAACGUAGGUCUUCAGGAUGGCGAGGUUACGAGAGGAC